GGGUCCUUCAGAGGAGUAACGCAGGGUGGGCGCGCGCCUCAGGCCGCCAUUUCUUGGCGUCUCCAGAGGAGCCGCCCCCUUUUCAGUCGCUCACCGGACUUUCACACUCGCGUUGCCGGCUAUCCGCGCUGCCUUUGCCACAGCGCCUCGGUCCCCAGCCCAGUGACAAAAAUGCUGAGCUUCUUCCGUAGAACACUUGGGCGUCGGUCAAUGCGUAAACAUGCAGAAAAGGAACGACUCCGAGAAGCUCAACGAGCUGCCACACACAUUCCUGCAGCUGGAGACUCUAAGUCUGUCAUCACAUGUCGGGUGUCUCUUCUGGAUGGUACUGAUGUUAGUGUGGACUUGCCGAAAAAAGCCAAAGGACAAGAGCUCUUUGAUCAGAUAAUGUACCAUUUGGACCUUAUUGAAAGUGACUAUUUUGGACUGAGAUUUAUGGAUUCUGCACAAGUAGCACACUGGCUAGAUGGUACCAAGAGCAUCAAAAAGCAAGUAAAAAUUGGUUCGCCUUAUUGUCUGCAUCUUCGAGUUAAAUUUUAUUCCUCAGAACCAAAUAAUCUUCGUGAAGAGCUAACACGGUAUUUAUUUGUUCUUCAGUUAAAACAAGAUAUUCUCAGUGGAAAAUUAGAGUGUCCCUUUGAUACAGCAGUUCAGCUGGCAGCUUAUAAUCUGCAAGCUGAACUUGGUGACUAUGAUCUUGCUGAACAUAGUCCUGAACUUGUAUCUGAGUUCCGGUUUGUGCCCAUUCAGACUGAAGAGAUGGAGCUGGCUAUUUUUGAGAAAUGGAAGGAAUACAGAGGUCAAACACCAGCACAAGCUGAAACCAAUUACCUGAAUAAAGCCAAGUGGUUAGAAAUGUAUGGGGUUGAUAUGCAUGUGGUCAAGGCUAGAGAUGGGAAUGACUAUAGCUUGGGACUAACUCCAACAGGAGUCCUUGUUUUUGAAGGAGAGACCAAAAUUGGCUUAUUUUUUUGGCCCAAGAUAACCAGAUUGGAUUUUAAGAAGAAUAAAUUAACCCUUGUGGUUGUAGAAGAUGAUGAUCAGGGCAAAGAGCAGGAGCAUACGUUUGUCUUUAGAUUGGAUCAUCCAAAAGCAUGCAAGCAUUUAUGGAAAUGUGCUGUGGAACAUCAUGCGUUCUUUCGUCUCCGAGGCCCGGUCCAAAAGAGUUCUCAUCGAUCGGGAUUUAUUCGACUAGGAUCACGAUUUAGAUACAGUGGGAAAACUGAAUAUCAGACCACAAAAACCAAUAAACCAAGAAGAUCAGCAUCCUUUGAAAGAAGACCCAGCAAACGAUACUCUAGAAGAACUCUACAAAUGAAGGGAAGUACAGCAAAACCUGAAGAACUCAGUGUUCACAAUAAUGUUUCAACCCAGAGUAAUGGCUCCCAACAGGCUUGGGAUGUGAAAUCUACUCUGCCUGUGAUUCCUUCUGUUCCCUCUGGUCCUGUGCUGGCAGAGAGAGAGAAUCUUCCAAGGAAUCCUGGAAUAGACCAGCAUGACAGGAAAUGCUUGCCUCUGAAUAUUGAUUUGCUAGAUAGUCCAGAAUUACUGGAAACAACCAUUGAUGAUGUAAUUGGGGCACCUGACACUCUGGAAAUACCCCAAGUGCCAGAUGAAGUUAACAUAGUCACCAGACAAACUGGAUUGGAAGGAACUAAAGACGAAUGCGGGACAUUAAAAGAGGAUUCACAGAAGCUCAAACACCUUGAAGUGGAAAGCAGUCCAUUGCCAACUUCUCGUCCCAACGUUGAUGUCAACAUCAACAACCAGGAGGAGGUGGUGAAGUUGACUGAGAAAUGUCUUAAUAAUGCCAUUGAGAGCCCAGGAUUGAAUGCCAGAAGAGUUCCUCCUGACUUGAAGAGUAAUAUUUUGAAGGCUCAAGUAGAAGCAGUGCACAAGGUUACAAGAGAAGAUAGCUUAUUAAGUCAUAAAAACACCAGUGUUCAGGAUGCUUCCACAAACAGUGCUGUAUUAAAUGAGAAUAAUGUGCCCUUCCCUGAAGAUUCUCUUGCUCUGAUGCAUACCACACCUGCAGCAAAUGGUUCUGUUCUUAAGGAUGCCACAGAUGAAUUGGAUGCCUUGCUUUUAUCUCUAACUGAGAAUCUAAUGGACCACACAGUCCCACCUCAGGUAUCUUCAACAUCCAUGAUCACACCACGGUGGAUUGUACCACAGAGCGGUGUCCUUUCCAAUGGACUGGCAGGAAGUGGACCAUCCUUGGCAGGGAAGGAGGGACAUGGUAACAGAGAAGUGAUCUCGCUGAUUUCUCCCCCAGCACCAUUCUUGGUGGAUGCUGUGACCAGCUCUCUUCCAACGUUGGCAGAAGAAACAGUCUUGAAGCAGAAGUGUUUACUGACAACUGAGCUCUGAGGGACUGGCUCCUUCUCACCUGUAACUGGAAUAUUCAGUGCUCUGCAGCUGUCCGUCCUUGAAUCCAUUUCUCUUGGAAUAUUCAAAUUCAGGAGCUUGUCCUUACUUGUGAGUAAAAAAGCUCACCCAGAUUUGAUUUCAACUCAAUGAAAAACAUUUUCCGUCCAGCUGGAAGGGUUUAAUUACACUACAUAUUUGCCCGAAUGAGGGUAUCUGGUCUUUACUUUCUAUAAUUGUAUUUAAGUUGUAUAUUUUGAAACAAGGGCAUUCUUUUCCCUGUUGUUUCUUCGAACUCUUGGCUCCAUCUAGUGGUUAUAAUUGUUCAUAACCCCUCCGUAACCAGGCUGUCUGGUAGUCAGUAAUAGCCUUUUGAAUGUUAUUUCUCUCUCUAGUAUCAGGUUGAGUAUCCUUGAUCUGAAUGCCUGUUAUCGAAGUUCCCCUAAUCCAUGCAGUACUGGAAAUCAGGAGUUUAGGAAAUUAAUGAGGACACCUUGUAGGUAGUUUGAGGCCUAAGUGUUUAUAAUUACUACAGUACUAGGAGAAGUUUAGAAUACAGAAGGUUUUCAGGUGUCUCCUAUACUUUUGGCUUCUUACUGGCUAUCUUAAUACUCCUAAGUUUACGUUAAGGUAAGCUAAACCUUGAGAAGAAUACAGAGAAAUCAAUUGUGCAUAUUUUGCAUCCUGGUUUUUUUUGGU